CUGACUCCAGACUACCUGCCAUGAAACCUCACUUGAAGCAGUGGCGACAAGGGAUGCUUUGCGGGAUAUUUGCCUGGGGGCUCUUCUUCGUGGCGCUUUUCCUCUACUUCACUGACAGCAACCCUGCUGCCUCUGUGCCCAGCUCUUGUUCACUCCUGGACACCAGGCGGCUCCUACCCCUGCAGGGGAAGCGCAGGGCCAUCAUGGGGGCCUUGCAGGAGCCUGUGAGGCUGAAGAGUGUGGACUCGGGUCGCAGGCUCCUUGAUGGAUCCACUCCAGACCUAUUACAUCCAGGUCAAGGGGCAUUGCAAAAAUGGGCUCGAGGGCCUAGUGGGCUGGAGAAGGAAGAUGAGUUCUUUUCUCAACCAGGGAGAGCUUUCUACACAGACGUCGACGAUGAAGAUGACUUUUUUGCUGCAGCUCAACCAGGGCCUCGCCGCCAUACGCAGGCCACAUGGGAGUCGCUCUUCCCCCAGGACCAGGGCCUGCGCCCUGAAGUGUGGCCUCUCGGACGAAGGAAGAAGCCCCUCUGGGGACCCGGGCUGGAGGAGGGCGACGACGACGAACAGCUGUCCUCCUCCAUGUCCAGGGCCUUGUUGCGGCGCCUCUGGAAGGGGAACGUGUCGUCCAAGAUGCUGGCCCCGCGCCUGCAGCAGGCCAUGCGGGACUACCUGAGCACCAACAAGCAUGGCGUGCGCUUCCGGGGACGCCGUGCGGCUGCGCGGAGCCGCGCGCAGCUGCUGUGUCAGCUGCGGGGCCGAGUGCGCGUGCGCACGCUCGACGGCACCGAGGCCCCCUUCGCCGCUCUAGGCUGGCGCCACCUAGUGCCCGCCGUGCCGCUCAGCCGGCUGCACCCGCACGGCCUGCGCAGCUGUGCAGUGGUCAUGUCCGCCGGUGCCAUCCUCAACUCCUCGCUGGGACCGGAGAUCGAUUCUCAUGAUGCAGUUUUAAGAUUUAACUCUGCUCCUACACGUGGUUAUGAGAAAGAUGUUGGAAAUAAAACUACCUUGCGCAUCAUUAAUUCCCAGAUUCUGACCAACCCUAACCAUCACUUCAUUGAUAAUUCGUUAUAUAAAGAUGUCAUUUUGGUGGCCUGGGAUCCUGCUCCUUAUUCUGCAAAUCUUAAUCUUUGGUACAAAAAACCAGAUUAUAACCUCUUCACUCCAUAUGUUCAGCAUCGUCAGAGAAACCCAAAUCAGCCAUUUUACAUUCUUCAUCCUAAAUUUAUAUGGCAGCUUUGGGACAUAAUUCAGGAGAACACUAAGGAGAAGAUUCAGCCCAAUCCACCAUCUUCUGGUUUCAUUGGAAUCCUCAUCAUGAUGUCUAUGUGCAGUGAGGUGCACGUGUAUGAAUAUCUACCCUCUAUCCGUCAGACAGAACUCUGCCACUACCACGAGUUAUACUACGAUGCGGCCUGCACACUCGGUGCCUACCAUCCAUUGCUGUAUGAGAAGCUCUUGGUGCAGCGUCUGAACACAGGUGCCAUGGGGGACCUGCACCACAAGGGGAAGGUGGUCCUGCCAGGGCUACGAGCUGUGCGCUGCCCUGCUCCCAAUCCUGCUGUUCCUCACUUUUGAAAAGAGACUUUUGGGGGUCAAUGUGCAAUAAGGUACUACUGUUGUACAAUAAGUCACAAAAGAAUACUUGAAGAUAUAUUUUAGGCAAUGUUAGUCUCGAGGGUUUAAA